AUGUUUUCUAGAUCUGCUAUCCACAGCAAAAUCCUUCAUCUUAGGAAGCUGGCUAAGGCCUCAACAGGAGUAAGAGCCAUGAGCACUGCUGCUUCAGAACCUAAGGUGCUAACUGAAUACUUGAACAAAAAUGUGUUUGAGUUUACCCUGAACAACCCGAAGACACUUAAUUCCUUGGAUUCAGAUAUGAUCGAGAUAUUAUGGCAACAAAUCAGGAAGUGGGAGAACAACCAAGAGGAAACACCCAGAGUUGUUUUCAUGAAAGGGGCUGGUGGCAAAGCUUUCUGCGCUGGAGGAGAUAUCGUUAGUAUUUAUAAAGGAGGACAGGAAGAACCUCGCUCAAAAGUAUGUGCAGAGUUCUUCUAUAAAGAAUAUAUUGUAGACUAUGCCCUCACCCAAAUGGACCCAAUCCAGAUCUCCAUCUGGAAUGGUAUCGUUAUGGGAGGAGGUGUCGGAGUUUCAUGCCACUCUCCAAUUAGAAUUGCCACUGAGAAAUCAGUCUAUGCUAUGCCAGAGACUGCUAUUGGAUUCUUCACAGAUGUAGGAGGAAGUUAUUUCUUGGCAAGAUUAAAGGAUAAUAUUAGCAAUGGACUUUUCCUUGGUCUGACUGGACAUAGACUCAAGGCUAAAGACCUUCUCAAAUGGGGUGUUGCCACCAAUUAUAUUGAAACAUCCAACCUUCCUAGCUUGUAUGAAGAUGUCCUGAAGCACACCAACAAGGAUUCUAAAUUCGAAGAAAUCAAGGAAAUCGUUGACAGUCAUUCAGAUACUACUCUCGAAGGAGAGGAGAUUCCAGAAGAAACUAUUAACUACUGUUUCAAGCCUAGCUCAGUCCAUAAUAUCAUUAACAGACUCACAGAAGUAUCGGAGGGUAAAGUAGAUGGCCUCGAUUCAGGACUUGCUUCAAAGUGGCUCAAGACAAUCAGAAGAUAUUCUCCUAUCAGUUGCGGAGUAGUCACUGAACAAAUUCUCAGAGGAAAAAGUAUGACCUUAGACGACGUGUUCAAGAUGGAAUAUAAAAUCUCCCAAAGAUUCAUGGAGCACGGUGAGUUCUUCGAAGGUGUCAGAGCUCUCCUCAUAGACAAAGACCAGAGCCCCAAGUGGAGACACUCUGCUAUUGAAGAAGUCACACAGGAAGAAAUUGAUACUUUCUUCAACAGAGAUGAAGAAUUAGACCUUGAUUUGCCAAACCUCUACAAAAAUGAUAUUCAUAUGUAG